CAAACUUUCAAACCCAUAUGGCGUGAGAAUAACUGCUCUUGUAAGACUGCAUUCCAGGACGAUUUCCAUGCACAGAAAGACGUCAAUACCGGAUCCAUCCAUCCUUAAAGCCACAUAAAAGCUCGAUGAUCCUACUGGAGGCUUAGUUAUAUCAUUUUUCAGCAUAAAUCCGCAGAAUGGUCUCUGUUUCCGGCGUCAGUUGCUUCUUGCUUGUACUUCUAUCCUCUAUUUUCUGCGCAAUUGCACAAGACUCGAUAUGCGGCACUCUUGAUUACCACGAUGAGGUGAACUUGUCUUACUACAUGGGCAACUUCUUCUACAAUUGGCCUGGCAUUGUUCACUCUGUGAGCCGCAUACUACCAGCAGGAUGCAAGUUGCAAAGUCUUCCGCUACUAGUCCUGGAGCGAUACUGAUGCGCAGUACUGCGAAUUCUUCGACACAAGCAUCGCAG